AUGGCUCUUCCAGCCUACCUUCAUGGCGUUCUAAGCCACCAGGCCGAGACCGAGAUGGAGGGCAGUGACCAAGAGGACGAGGAGGUCAGCGUCCUUGGGGAUCGCUGGAAGCCUCGGCCCAGUGUCAGACUUCGCCGGAGCAAGUUUAAAGUGCUGAAUGAUCCACGUUCGACAGGCAGUCUGGUCCCCGAGAAGGAGUUCAAACGGGCCAGGUCAUAUCCUUUACAAUCCCUGCCAGAGGUACAGAACCUGCAAUCCUGGCAGACGCGUUCUGAGGAGCGCGCGGCUGCCCUUGCCAAAAUUCCUGCUUCCUUGACCGAUGUCUGGAAGGACCUGGACAUCGAAAGCGAAGGAACGUGGCUGCCAACGGUGUCCCGGAUGAUCAGUGACGUCAUAAGAAACCAGCUGUACAAAGAGGGCUUCACAGACGAGGAUUGGGAGCUCGAUCGAGCGCGAUCCAGACGCGCAAGAAAGGGGUAUACGUUCUAUCUCAGGAACCGGAACCGUCCUGGGGCCUCCACUGACAGGGCGGAAGCCGAAGCAAUGCCCGACAGUGCGAUUGCGCAGGAACAGCCAGAGGGAGAGAUGCAAUCCGUGAAGUCCAGGGAGGAGCGACCAGCGGAAGAGGUGCAACCCGCGAAGCCCAGGAGACCAUUUUGGCUUUGGCCAAAGACACAGGCCCGCCUCUGGCCGAAGAGAAAGGCAGCAAGGAGGAAGAGAAGAAGUAGAAAGGCAAAAAACAGGGACCCGAGUAGACGAUUCACCGUUCGCGGGGAAGAUGCGGGAUGUGUCGAGAUGCGAAGCACUUUGGGUUUGCCAAGCUACGCUGACGUGGUCCUUGCGCGCUGGGGGAAGUGCAAAGCAGAGACGGCUGACAUCUUGGUCGACCCGGCGCCGACGAAGGCCUGGCGCCUCUCGUCGACGCAUGCCUGCCGUGUACACCCGAACGGAGUGCAUGGAAGCCCUCACAAACGAAUACUGCAUCGCUUGCUGAAGACAGCGACGGGCUCCGAGGAGUUGAUUGGGAAAGAAGUGGAGCACGAGUGCGAGCCCCCGCCUGACAUCCCGGACUACAUGGAUUGCUUGGGGUCUGAAGUGAUCCUGACCGUCUCCGUGCAUGGUAAGGAUGGGAACAAGGAGCAGGAGUACGACAUCCUGUCGACCCAGACGUUGGAAGAGCUGCGGGAUGCCUUUUACUUUGCAGAGGAUUGGAAGUAUGACGGCCCCACACGGCUGGAUUCUGCAUGUUUCUUCAUCGACGGCAUUUUCUAUAGUGACCGGAGAUGGGCUUCCUCGCUUGACUAUUCCAAGGAGCUGAUUCCGCACGUCCAGCAGACGGGUUGUCAGAACUUGAGGGAGACGUCCUCUCGGUCCAUGACGACCAGGCUCUCCGAUCUGGAGCGGAUUCCAUUUGGGGAGAGGUGCGCCUACAUACAUCAGGGGAACGAGGAGCAUGCAAUCUACUUCACAGGCGCACGCCUGCCUGUACUGAGUAGCGACUGCCCCCUCAAAGAGGCCUACCCUUUGCUCACCUUCAUGAGGGACUUCCCGCGCAAGCUUUGUCAAGCAUGCAUCCAAACGCUGGCUUUCUGGGCGGUGCACAAUGCCGUCCGCUGUCCUCGGAAUCCAACCUACGUUUGCCAGCUCUGCUUUCGUCACUAUUUCCAAGAUGAAGAUGGCAAGCUGCUGAGACCUUUAGACUACCAAGUCUUCCCAUACCUUCAUAGUAGCUGA